AUGACAAGUGUAAAUCAACAUAUUGUAGAUCAUCUCAGCCAACAUGUCCAACAUUUACGAUCACAAGGUGAUAUCAACAAGAUACCUGCAUUCAAGAAAGCGAUAACAUCACUUACUGCAUAUCCAAUACCAAUCUUUUCAGCUAGGGAGUGUGAGAUACUCAAUGGUGUUGGUCCAUCGAUCAGUAAGAUGAUUGAAAGAUUCAUUCAAUCACAACCUACUCGUCAUCCAAUGUAUCCUCAAGGUCCAAAUACUCCUCUAAGACAAAUAUUGAGGAUUAAUCAAGUUGUAUCAUCGUCAUCCCCUUCUCCUACUUCUACAUCAACUCAAUCAUCAUCAUCAUCAUCAACCUCUUUAAAAAAGAAAAGAAAGGAAGGUGAUGGCAAUGACAAUGAUAAUGAUAAUAAUAUUGGACAAACUCAAAUACCUCCAACAAAAAAGAAAAAGAAGAAGAAAUCAAACAAUGAAUUGGAACAUGUUGAAGAAGAACCAAUCAUGAUAACUCCUAUUAAACCGACUAGACAUCAACAUCAACAACAACAACAACAACAAUAUAGAUCACCAGAUUUGAUGGUCCGUAAAUCACCAUCAUUAACACCAACCCAUAAUAAUAUUAAUAAUAAUAAUAAUAAUAAUAAUGGUAGUAUAGACUUUUCAUUUGAUUUUGGUGAUGAUAGUAGUAUUAAUAAUAGUAGUAGUAGUGGUACACAAUCAGCUAGUGAUACUGUUGGUAAUAAUAAUGACAGUAGUAGCAGUAAUAAUAAUAAUAACAAUCAAGGUGACAAUGGAGUAGAUUUAAAUAAUAUAUCAUUUUCAUUCAACUUUGAUGAACCUAUUAGAAUGUCGGUUCCAGAAACACCGUAUCCAUUCAUUCAUCAAAUCAAUCAAUUGAUUAAAAAUGGAAAUGUAAAUGGAAAUAAUGUAAAUAUAAAAGGAACACCAUUACCAUUUGAUCCAUUGUCAUCACCAUCAACAUCAAUGAUGACUACUCCUCCUCCAUCAUCAUCAUCAAAAAAGAAAAUAGAUCGUCAAAGAAUACUAGAUUCCAAUUUAAAAAAGAAUAUUAUUAAUAAUAAUAAUAAUAAUAAUAAUAAGAAAAUUACAACUCCAUUAAAACAACAACAAUCACAUAGUCAAUCAAUUAUUGAUUUAAUAACUCCAACACCAAAUCAAAAGAAAAAGAAUAAUAAUAGUGCAUUAAAAUCAUUAAAAUCACCUUUAUUCUUUAAAUAUCGAUCAUCCAAAUCAAUAUUAUCUGCUGUUAAAUCAACUAUUAAAUCACCAUUUCAACAACAGCCUUCACAAUCACCAUUGAGAUCACCAUUCAGAUCAUCAUCAUCAUCAUCAUCAUAUUCACCAUUUACAAACAACAACAACAACUCACCAAUUAUUUACAAUUCACCACCACCUUCACCAACAACAUCGAAAUCAGGUUCACCAAAAAGAACAUCAUCAACUAAAUCCAAGAAAUAUAGGUCACCUUUAAUUGGAUAUAAUAAUAAUGAUGAUAGAUAUGAUUCACCUUAUAAACCCUCACCUAAAACAUCCUCAACCAUUUAUGAUGAUAAAUCACCAAUCCCCUUUUCACCCUUUUCAUCAAAUCAUCAAAGUUACACCAAUAAUAAUAAUAAUAUUAAUAAUGGUGAUGAUGAUGCUGAUUGUUUCAAUAAUAAUAAUAAUAAUAAUAAUAAUAAUAAUAAUAAUAAUAAUUACGAUACCGGUGUCAUGGAUAUUAAUAAUUUAGAUUGGGAUUUUGAUGAUGAUGACGACAAUGACAAAGAAAAUAAUAAUAUACAGAAUAAUAUUAAUAAUAAUAAUCAUCAUCAAAAUAAUAAUAUACAGAAUAAUACUAAUCAUAAUAAUAAUAAUAAUGUACAGAAUAAUAAUAAUAAGAGUUCUACUUCUUCUUCUUCUGCUUCAUCUUCAUCUUUAUCGUCAGGAAUUAAAUUACCAGAAUUUCAAGAUAUAAUAUGUAUAGUUGAUAAUAGAGAAGUUAAAAGUAAAACGGAUCGUGAUUAUAUUGUUAAUCGGUUAACAAGUGUUCAUGGAAUCAAUGCAGAGACUAGUAAAUUGGAAGUUGGUGAUGUUGUAUGGAUGGCUGUUGAAAAAGGUGGAAAGAAUGCAAAAAGAUGGAUGUUGGAUUUUGUCAUUGAAAGAAAACGUGUUGAUGACCUUAGUAGCUCUAUUAUUGACGGUCGAUACAAAGAACAAAAGUUUAGAUUAAGAAAAUGUGGCUGUCGUAAUAUAUAUUAUCUCGUUGAGGGACAAUUAACUCCAAAUACUGCACCAGUAACGAAUAAUAAUAAUGGAAGUGGUAAAUAUUUUAAACCUGGUGGUGGUGGUGGAUCAUAUCAUCAAUGGGGAUCAGUCAAUUAUAACCUAUCACCCGAUAAAUUAAUGGCAGCUAUGGAAAAGUUGGUCAACAGUAAAUCUACAACAACAACAACAACAACAACUAAACCACCAAUAUCAUCACCAGACCAAAUAACAAUACUUAAACAAUAUUUAUUUAAAGGUGAUUGGAGUAAUGGUGGAUGUGAUUUAGAACAAUUCAACAAACAAAGUCAAAAGAGUAAAACAUUUAAAUUAAAGGAAUUCUUUGCACUUCAAUUAAUGCAAAUUGUUGGGUGUUCCGGUGAAAAGGCCUAUGCAAUUACAUCUAUCUAUCCAACUCCAACUCAUCUUUUAUUUGCUUAUAGAACUAUUCAACAAAAUCAAAACCAAAGUCAAAAAAAUUAA